UCAUUUACUACGCGCUCGUCCGGCGACCGGCACGUGCGGCGACCUUUCCCUCGCGCAGUAACACAGUAACCGUUGCGCACACGCACACGCGGCGUCACUCUAAGCUUCUCCAUCAUCGUGUACGGCACGCACACGUCCCUCGAGCGCAUCACGCUGACGAGAAUCCGUUAAUAUCAAGACCGAUCGCCAUGGCAGAGGAGUAUCUGUACGGAAUCACCCUCGAGGGAUCGAACGCGAGCGAAGUAUGGGACCCGGAGCACAAGAACGACGACUCGGACAGCGCGGCCCAGCACAUCGGCGCCGAUCAGAAGCUUAUUAUAAAGAUGGCUUUGCUGGGGCCAGAAGCCAAGCCUGGUGAGCUCAAUGUGCUGCAAGUAGAAGCAAUGGGUUUGAAAGGGCCCAUCAAAACGCCAAUCGCCUUGCUAGAAAUGGGAAAAACAGCGCAGAUUAUUCUUGAUCUCAGUUUCCCAGACCCUCCUGUUACGUUUACAUUGGUUAAGGGCAGUGGACCUGUUCACAUAGUAGGACACAAUCUCCUUGGUGCGCAUAUUGAAGAGUUUGACGAUAUAGAUGAUGAAAUGGAAGAAGAGAACAUCGAUGACGAGGAUGAUGAAAAGGCACCGCAAAAGAAACGAAAGCUUUUAGCAGAGGAUAAAAAAAACGGCAUUAAACGGAUGAAGAUGUAGACAAAUAGAACAUUAAGAUUAAAAAAGAUAUACGUUGCGCUAUAAUUAAUGUGUCUUCUAAAAAAUAUGAUAUCAUUGCAUUAAAAAUACUUUGAAUUUUAUUUGACUAUCAUAUUUUUAAGAUAUCUUUGAAGAAUUACGAUUUGAAAAAUUUGAAAAGUGGGAGUAAUCCACUUGUAAAAAGUCAUGAAUGUACCUUUUAUCUAUUAUACUUAUGUUCCCAUUCCAUGUUUUAUUUUUGUAAAAUAAAUCAUAUUUUGCAAGAGA